GCAUAAACCGGCAAUGGCAUUCCAAGGUAAAUAAACUCAAUCCCUUUUGUGGGGCUGAAAACUCCAUACCUUUCGUUGCAUUUGAAGUUCCGAUUUCUAAGGAGACUGAGUGAGAAUCGUCCAUGGGGAUUCCUUCUUCCCUUUUCUCCCUCACUCUCUGCCUCUCUCUUGUCUCUGCAACUUUAUCGUUGGACGAAUCACAGACGUUCGUCGUCCACGUGUCUAAAUCUCAUAAGCCAUCCGCUUACGCCACCCACCACCACUGGUACUCCUCCAUCGUUCGGUCACUCGCCUCCUCAGGGCAGCCCUCCAAGAUUCUUUACAGCUACGAGCGAGCUGCCAAUGGUUUCUCCGCUAGGCUUACUGCCGCUCAGGCGUCGGAACUCCGUCGCGUUCCCGGUGUGCUUUCGGUAUUGCCGGACCGGGCACACCAGAUUCACACCACUCGCACUCCUCAUUUCCUUGGCCUGGCUGACAACUAUGGGCUUUGGCCCAACUCUGAUUACGCCGAUGAUGUGAUUAUUGGAGUUCUUGACACUGGGAUAUGGCCGGAGAUUAGGAGUUUCUCCGAUUCGGGGCUGUCUCCGGUGCCAAAUAGCUGGAAUGGUGUUUGUGACACUGGGCCUGAUUUUCCCGCGUCGGCGUGUAACCGGAAAAUUAUCGGAGCAAGAGCUUUUUUCAAAGGGUAUGAGGGUGCUCUUGGACGGCCGAUGGAUGAAUCGGCUGAGUCGAAAUCGCCGAGAGACACAGAAGGACAUGGGACUCACACGGCUUCAACGGCCGCUGGAUCUGUGGUUCAAGACGCCAGUUUGUUUGAAUUCGCAAAAGGAGAAGCUAGAGGCAUGGCGGUGAAAGCUAGGAUUGCUGCGUACAAGAUCUGUUGGAGCCUAGGUUGUUUCGAUUCAGAUAUACUCGCAGCGAUGGAUCAAGCGGUCGCCGAUGGUGUUGAUAUCAUUUCACUCUCCGUGGGAGCCACAGGCUUAGCUCCUCGGUACGAUCAUGACUCCAUCGCAAUCGGAGCGUUUGGAGCGAUGGAUCAUGGUGUCCUUGUGUCGUGUUCCGCAGGAAAUUCUGGGCCCGAUCCGCUCACUGCGGUGAAUAUCGCGCCAUGGAUUUUAACUGUUGGUGCCUCAACGAUUGACAGGGAGUUUCCGGCGGAUGUGGUUCUUGGCGACGGGAGAAUCUUCGGUGGUGUGUCUAUAUACUCCGGCGAUCCUCUAAAGGACACUAAUCUCCCAUUAGUUUACGCUGGUGACUGCGGAAGCAGAUUCUGCUUCACCGGAAAACUCAAUCCCUCUCAAGUGUCUGGAAAAAUCGUCAUCUGCGAUCGUGGAGGCAACGCGAGAGUAGAGAAGGGAAUCGCCGUCAAAAUGGCACUCGGUGCCGGAAUGAUACUGGCCAACACUGGAGACAGCGGGGAAGAGCUCAUCGCCGACUCACAUCUUCUCCCAGCCACCAUGGUGGGCCAGAUCGCCGGCGAUAAAAUCAAAGAAUACGUUAAAUCAAAGGCAUUUCCCACUGCAACCAUUGCCUUCCGUGGCACUGUGAUCGGAACUUCACCGCCGGCGCCCAAAGUCGCAGCGUUCUCCAGCCGCGGUCCCAACCACCUCACCCCCGAAAUUCUUAAACCGGAUGUCAUAGCCCCAGGCGUUAACAUCUUGGCAGGUUGGACCGGGUCCAAGGCUCCAACCGAUUUAGACGUCGAUUCGAGACGAGUCGAGUUCAAUAUAAUUUCUGGCACCUCCAUGUCCUGCCCGCACGUAAGCGGAUUGGCCGCUUUGCUUCGAAAAGCCUACCCGAAAUGGACCCCAGCUGCCAUAAAGUCUGCCCUGAUGACAACCGCUUACAACUUGGACAACUCCGGCAACAACAUCGCCGAUCUGGCCACCGGCAACCAAUCAUCACCGUUCAUUCACGGCGCUGGCCACGUGGAUCCCAACAGAGCUCUCUACCCAGGAUUGGUCUACGACAUUGACGCCAACGACUACAUAUCAUUCCUCUGCGCCAUUGGCUACGACACCGAAAGAAUCGCCAUUUUUGUAAGACGCCACACCACUGUGGAUUGCAACACAGAGAAGCUCCAUACUCCGGGCGAUCUCAACUACCCAGCAUUCUCAGUGGUAUUCAAUUUUGAUCAUGAUCCAGUACACCAAGGAAAUGAAAUUAAGCUGAAGAGGGUGGUUAAGAACGUUGGAAGCUCGGCGAAUGCGGUGUAUGAAGUGAAGGUGAAUCCUCCGGAAGGCAUCGAAGUCGAUGUUUCGCCGAAGAAGCUGGUGUUCAGUAAAGAGAAUCAAACGGCGUCGUACGAGGUGUCGUUCACCAGUGUUGAAUCCUACAUCGGGUCGAGGUUUGGGUCCAUAGAAUGGAGCGACGGGACUCACAUUGUGAGGAGCCCAGUGGUGGUCAGGUUUCAUCAGGACGCGGUGUCUUCCAUAUGAUUGAGAGUAUAAAUUAUUUUUGUGUUCUUCAUGUGAUCUGUAAGUGUUGUGUACGAAUCCACAGAGGAUGGAUUAUAGGAAGUUUCUGGAACUUUCCCAAUUUCAUAAAUUUGUAUAGCUUGAAAACUUUUUAAGGUUAAGAUUUUGGUGGGCUGCUCUGAACUUUUGAUGUGAAAAACAGAGCUAGUGGCUGGCGAUGUUUAUUAAUAAAAGGGGAGAAUUAUUAUGUUUUC